AUCGGGUUUGUUUAUUUAGGUAUAUAAUAUCUGUGGCGAUAUCAAACACAAAACGACAACUACACCACAUUAUUUAUUUUUAAUAAGUAGUAUUAUUCUUAUUUUAGUACGUAAAUAUUUAAUUACGGAUAUUAUUAUGGAUUUGUUAAAAACUCCUUCUGUUCAGUCUUUAUUAGACUCAGAUUUAGAGUCUGUUGAUAGUCUGCAGUAUUUAGAUAUCGAAGAGUUGGAUGAAGUGGAGUAUGCAUUGCCAGCAAGUGAAGCUCCAACUCUAGCUGAAGUAUUACUAAGUGAUGAAGUAGAAGACCAGCAGUCUAAAUUAGUCAGACCUGUGGAGGAAUUUGAUGCUUGCUCCGCUUUACAAGUUGAUUUUUUACAGGCACUAUCUCAGCAACUUGUUCAAGCUCAGGAAAGAUCAUCCACAGGUGUAGUCACAACUCUUGGUGUUGCAAAAGAUGGCAGAUUGACAGUAGGGACAGCUCAUGGACAUCUCUUGUCAUUUUUUGAACAAAUAUUACGAUGGGUUUGUGAUUCAAAUGCAGACUGUGGAGCAGUUUCCUGCUUGUCAUAUAAUAGUGAUGCUACACGCCUUUUAGCGGGAUAUGCUCGAGGGCUUAUUUGUCAGUAUGAAAGUACAAAAGGAUUACUGCUGAGAAGGGUUACUUUAGGAGGAGAAAUAUGGGGCAUAUUAAGAGUGACUUGGGCAGGCACUGCAGGUCUAGCACUCGAUACGGGUGGCUCUGUUUGGCUUAUUAAGUUUUCACGACCUCUAGGAGUUCGAUCAGCUCGUACUUCGUGCCUCUUUUCGGGAGCUAGAGGAGAAGUGGUAGCCAUGAAGGCUCGCGAUGCGCGCAUUUUAGCUUUGGCCACCCUCUCAAGGGUUAUCAUAGUGGCGGGUGGGCGUGCGGCGGGAGUUCGUCUCGGUGGUCCACCCGACACUCUGCCAGUGCUAGAAUGGUGUGAAACAGAUCCCAGGAUACUUAUUUGCGCACGUUCAAUAACAUUGCAAUGGUUAUCAGUAAAUAUUACUGGCUCAUCAAUAGCUCUUCUGCCAAUAAAACGAGCGGAAUUAAAAACUACACCAUUGUGGCUGGGAUGGCUGGGCGGAAGUUUGGCUAUUUUUGAUUCUGAUGAAAAUCUUCGGUUAUGGGGAGAUGAUUAUAGUCAACCACUAGAUCUUUCUCAUAUUGAACCUGUUUAUGCUUCGGCUUUUUUCAAGGGCGUAUGGACGGACGGUCGCGUCUCCCGCGCUAUGUGUACGGCUGGCGUGAGCGCGCUGGGCGGCGCGUGCGUGGCGGACAGCGCGCUCGCGUUGCUCGGCCGCCGCGGCAUCGUGCGCGUUCGACCGCGCGACAUGCUCGCUAGAGUACAUGCGCUCAUACGUUCUGGAUAUCACCUGCAAGCACUCAAACUACUCGAGCUCGCGAACAGUGGCGACGCGGAAAAUGAAGCGAAAGAUUUCAUUAACCAUUUGGCUCAGAGACCAAAUAUAUUGGGAAAUAAAAAAGUGGCCGAUCAGGUCAUCAAGCUGUGCUUGAAGUAUAAUUUGAGGGAAGAGCUUUGGUGCACAUUGUGGGAGCAGUGUUCUAGCGAAAACGCAUUUGUCGAAGCCUUGGGCGACGCAGUUGUUAUGUGCAAACUAACAGAUAUUGCUCCAGCCCCUGAUGCUACUCAGCAAUUAAUAGAACGCCUGGCUGACUUCGAGCCGGGUCUAGUAGAGAGAGUCAUAGCUUCGUUGCCGCUCACGUCCUUGGACCCGCACCGCGCCAGCGUUUUCGCAAGAGAAAAGAAACUGUGGCGUGCCGUGGGAGCUGUAGCCGCGGCACUUGGCGGCAGCAGCGGCGCGAUGCGUUCGCUAGUGGCGCAUGUGUCCCAAUCAUGUGGCGGCGGCGCGGCGUGCGCGUGCGCGGGCGCCGCACUCGUGCUGGCGGCCGCCGACGCGCUGGCGGGCCGCGGCGCCGGCGGUCGCCCACUGCCCGACCACGCGCGGCCCUCCGCCCGCCACGACGCGCUGCACACGUUGCUGGCUGACGAGUCAGGUGUAGAGGGGCGGUCCCCCUUACGCGUGCUGGUGGAGCACGACGCGGCGGCAGCCGUGAGACUCCUGGAACAGAGUGCACUAGAGCCGCCGUUCACGGGGCCGCUCGGGAAACAGAACCGACUGCGAAUCGCACGAGCAUUACUGGCAUUCACUCCGCUAUUAGAGGCCGAGAACGCACGUGUGGAAGUGCUAGAGUUCAUAACGGGGCAGCUAAGUAGUGGGUCGCUGCCGAGCGACGCCGAGGUGUUGUCUGGCGCGUUACAACUCGCACUGCGCGGGAGCGGCGAGCGAGCUGACCGAGCGGCGCGAGCGCUGCUACUGCGACGCCGCGACUCGCAACUCACUGGAGAACUCUCAGAACAGCUGAAAGCGCGAUCGCGUGUAUUGUGGUGGCUCGAAGCUCAGCUCGGACGACAGAAAAAUGCGCUCGAGCACUUCUUCAAAAUCGAAACACCGUCCGGCACCGACCUUGAUGAAUUGUUCGAGUAUGUCCGCACAUGUACCUGCGACGAUGGUGAACUAUUUGCUAAAUUUUCUGCUGACGAGCGAAUAUUUUUCUUUUGUACUCUCGUCAAACUACGCCCGUGCGCUGCUGCGGCGUUAAUCGACGACGACGACUCGACUUACAUCGUUGCAGUUUUUAAUAUGUUAUCCGGCGAAGGUAUUCUCGAAUUUGGCAAUUCUUUGCUCAAGUCUGGGCGACUUCGUGGCGACGCCGCUGCUGCCCAUCUUCGAAAUUUGUGCACAACCAGGCCGGGCGAGGUGAAAGAGUUUCUGACACACAAUCCGGGAAUCGUCCGGCCGGAGGAUGCACUGGCUAUUGUUAGAGAGACUAAGGUCGAAGACGCCGAAGCAGACUGUCUCGAGGCGAACGGGGAUUUUGAGGCGGCGCUCGAAACGCUCCUGCGAAGACUCGAGGCGAGCGACGACGACGAGGCGGUCACCGCGUUCGCCGCUCGCGCGGGGGCGCUGUGUGCGCGCGCCGCGGCCGCCCUGCCGCGCGUCGCCGCCGCCGCGCUCUGGGACACGCUGCUGCGGCGCGCGCCUGCCCUCCCGCCCGCCGCGCUGCUCGAGGCGGCCGCCUACCUGCCCGUAGACACGCUGGUGUCGCGCACGUGCGACUCCACGCGCGCAGCGCUCACCUUGGCGGCGUGCGCGGAUACGCGGCGGCGCGGCUGGCAGUGCGCGUCGCGGAUCGCGGGCCGUGAGGCGCACGCGGCGUUGGCGCGCGCGCUGGGCGCGGCGGGUCGCGGGCUGCCGGUGCGCGGGCGCUGCGUGCGCUGCGGGCGGCGGCUGGCGAGCGAGGCGGUGCGCACGCAGCACUGCGCGCGCGCGGUGCACGCGUCGUGCACGCCGGAGCCUACGUGUGGCGCGUGCGGCGCGCGCGUGCCGGCAGACGUGGCGGUGCUGCCGGCGCGGCCGCCGCGCCGGGUGUCGCCGCCGUCGGAACAUACAUUGGUUUUACUGGCUCCGCCGCGUCCCGAUCUGGAAGGAAUAAUAUGAAACGACGUAUAUGCAUGACAUGUUUGUUUAACCAUCACGAACAACGUAAGACUAUAUAACAAUAACAAAUAGGUAUGUGAAAACAUUGAUGUUUUUUAGCUCCGACUUAUUACCGAAUGGUAUACGACAUGAUGAUUGUGAAGUCGCGACACUAAACGGCGUAAUACGAGUAUAAUAAUGACACCAGGAAAUAACAAGAACCGUAAGUUAAUAGUUUUCUUUUAUUUUUUACUAGCUGUGCCCGCGACUUCGUCCGCGUGGAAUAGUUAUUUUGGGCAUCAUAUUUAUUUUUGCAAACAUCCUCCUCGGCUUUAUCAAUUAUAGCUGCUAAGGCGGUCACGCGUAUUAGAAAGAACGCUGGUUCGGCGUAUUAAAUGUUUCGCUGCAAAUUGCUUAUAACUACUAUAUCUCAAAACCUAUUCGUCUGAUUUAUAUACUGUAAAUGGCAAUUUUAGUCUACAUAAAAAGCCGAAAGUAAUAAACAUAUUUAUUUGGAUAAGGAUUGAUACUGAAUUAAAGAAAAUUGGUUUCAAAAUAACUUAUGUUUAUAAAUAAAAAAUAAUCUUAAAAAAUUAACAUAAAAGUGGUUAUUGUAAGUAAACCUUAAGAGAUAGAUAUAUGCUCUCGCGGACUUUUUUGUGGCAAAAAAUUAGUACUUCACAUCUUUAGUACAUUGUUUUACUAUAUCUUUGUUGGUUUGCGCAGCGUUCGCGUGAAAAGCUCGCAGAUGGCCGACUCAUUCAACUUUCACCUGCAUUGUUGACGUUUCCCGUAGGAAAUCCGGGAUAAAAUGUAGCCUAUAGCCUUCCUCGAUAAAUAGACUAUUUAACAGUGAAAGAAUUAUUCAAAUCGGUUCAGUAGUUUCUGAGAUUAGCGCGUUUAAACAAACAAAAUAAACUCUUCAGCUUUAUAAUAUUAGUAUAGUAUAGAUUAUAGUUUUCCUAGAAAAUAUAUAAACUUUCGUAGGAUUCUAAACGAGAAAAAAAUUGUAUUAUUUCACGUCCACUUUCCUGCAAAUUGAUGAACCGAACUCACACUUAAAAUAAUAAAUAAGCAUUAAUCAAACGACAUGUGCACUCUGAUUGGUAUCAGUCACAUGUUCCUUCUCCUUCCUCCCAUUCGCCGUUAUAAAACUGAUUUUAAAAGGCUUAGUACACAUAGCCUCAAAAAAAUUAGUUAAAAUACAUGUAAUACGGUAAAAUGUCAGAGCACGGUCGUUUUUUGAUAGACCGUCGGGGAUCGAAUUGUUAAGGUGCCCGAAUAAAAUGCGUGAUGCGCAGAAAGGUCCAGGUUCAAAUCCCACCCCGGCCAUGUACCAGUUCGACUGUUUUCACAGUUAUGUACAUAAGUUUGAAUACUAACCGAUGCUCUUACGGUGAUAAAACCUGCACAUUGAGGCAACUGGAUGUGUAACCAUGGAUCCAAUACGAGUUAGGUUUACCUGCAGAGGUUGCGGUGGUCAGAUGGUAGUCGCUUAGUGUAAAAACAUGACACCCAAUCCAGGAUCCAUGGUCAAAGCCAAACCCCGGGCUCCUCUCCGAAAGAGGUGAGGAUGCAACCGGGACUAAAGCCAGGAGUAAGAAAUAAAGUACCGUUGUUUUAUUCUCUCGUUUCGAAUCCUACAAGAGUAUGAAUUCCAUAUGAAGUUUAACUGUAGGAUCUUGUUACUUAUAUCCCGGUGACAAAUAAACUGUUAGUUAAAUGUAGAUAAUAAGUAUAAAAGGUGCGAAACAAUUACAAUUUUACUGAUAUUUUCUCCACAAAUGCGAUACUUUACAUCAGUACGAAAAUGUUAAACAUCUAGUAAGUAGGUAUACAGUUGUUUAUAUUUUUAGUUUAAAAGUUAAUUGAUAAUUUGUUAACUUGUAUAAAAAAAAUAUCCCAAACUAUAAAAUCUACAAAUAUAGUGAAAUCCCCAUGAUUUAAAGUUUUUUUUAUUUAUAAAAUACCUUGCACUUACCUACCUGUUUUGUAUUAUCUACAUACAUCACUCAUUCACGUUUUCGCUCUGUUUUUGCAAGCUCGUCCGUUAAGUUAAAUAAUUUGGUUUUACUUACCUACUUUACAUUAAGUUCUUUGACAUAAUGGUCUUAUAAUUUGACUCCUUAUCGAAAUCGUUCAUUCACGCGAAAGUUGCAGACAUCAGUUAGUUUAUAUCCAAAAUGUAUCUUAUUUACAUAUUUAUUACUAGAGGACGCUCGGGGCUACACUCAUAAUUUACUUCAUAAUAAAAAGCAAAACAGCGAUAGUUUUACGCGCGAUGAAAGCAGCGCCGCACGUACCAAGCUGCGGGGGCUAGCCUAAAUUUGUUAAAUUAAGUAAAAUCAUUGGAAUCCGUUUAGUAGUUCCUGAGAUAAGCAUGUACAAACAAUUUUUAAUAUCAUAUUGUCCCCUUCUUCUAAUUCCUUUAAAAAUAAUCUUAAUAAAUUCUUUCUUGAGUCUAGAAUUGGUUUAAGUCUUUAGCAUCAUACCUCCUAAAUAAACUGUCGUUCAACCUUGCCUUGAUUCUAGUAUGCGAUCCUCUUAUUGUAGGUUGGCUGGAAAAAUCUCACUUAGGGAUAAGCUCGCCUUUGUACUGUACUACUGUUUUAAUAAUAAAGCAUUUACUUACUUUCUUACUGUAUCUUCAUCGCCAAGUUUUUGUGUUCAUUAAAUAUUUUUUUUAAAUUAAUUUUUUAAAAUAUUUUUCUUUUGAUGUCUGAUUACUCAGAAUCUAAGAGAUUAACAUUUGAGGUCCUUAGCCUUCAGACACUUCUAAUUGCUCAUCAUAAAAAAUAAUCCCACAACCAUUUUACGAGCUAUGGUUCUCAGUCGUCUCAUCCAUAGGCACGAAUAUCCAUAUUUUAUUUUUCGGGUAAGAAAAAAUACAUAUAUUUUAUACACAUUUAUUUAAAUCUACUCUCACACCAUUUCACAUACAAUGUACUUGAAUAAAAAAAAUGUAACUUUUAGUGCAAUUCUACAAUACAACAUUUUUAUCUGGCCACAUCACUUAUCCUAUCAUAAAAAAAGGAUCCCUCGUUUGGUACCAGCGGUGGCAGGUUGAGUCAUAUGUCAACAAUGGGAUCAUAAGGAAAUUUUCUUUUUCGAAUUGCGUAUAAUGUUUGUGUACUCAGGGUCCCCUUUUUAUGCGUUUCUUAAUGAGUGAGUAGGUACCAGUUUAUAAUAAUGUAUAUUGUCACCGGAAAAUAACAAUAACCGCAAGUUUAUUUGUAGGAUUCUGAUCUGAACUCUCGAAUAAAAUAAUGAGCAAUAACCAAACGACAUGCGCUCUGAUUGGUUAAAUACCAUCUCCUUUCUCUCCUCCACCAUCGCUAUUGAACAUAAACCAAUCGGUUUCUAGUGUUUUUAUAAAAUUUUAAAUGUUGCUACUGUUUUGAAUCGGAAAAUAGUUUUAUUUUGUAACUUAAGUUUACUACCAUAGUGUACCAUAAGCGACAUAGAAACUGCCAAUGUCGACACAUGAAACAUUGACCAAUCAGAGAGCUGUGUAUUAUUUG